CUACCGCAAGGUUUCUUUUCGGUGCGAAUUUAAACAUGCUUUCAAUACAGUCUUCGUCUCUCCUCCAGGCAGCCGGCUUCGUUGGGAUAACAUACUGCAUCGUCUUGGUUAUCAGGCGUGUGUACUUCAGCCCAAUCUCACACUUCCCAGGUCCAAAACUCGCCAUUGCCACCUUCUGGUAUCAAUUCUACUACGACGUGGUCCUCGGCGGCCAAUAUAUCUGGAAGGUUCGAGAUCUGCACAAGAAGUAUGGACCAAUAGUACGGAUCAAUCCCUAUGAACUUCACGUGGACGAUCCGGACUUCCUGGAAGAUAUAUUCGUCGGACCGGGGACUCACAAGAGAGAUAAGUGGGAUUGGAGUACCAAAGGCAUUGGGGUUCCUAGCGCAACUUUCACGACUAACCCCCAUGAUCUGCAUCGUGUGAGGCGGACAGCUUUGAACCCGUUCUUUUCUAAGAUGUCGGUCAGGAACUUGCAGCCGCUCAUGGAUGCCAAAUUGGACCUCUUCAUUGAGAGAUUCGAAGAAUUUCAGAAGACGGGAGAGGUCAUGACUAUUAACAUUGCCUUUGCCGCCCUGGCCAAUGACGUCGCCUCUGAGUUCGCGUUUGGGACAUCCCAUGAUAGGAUUCGGCAUCCAAACUUCGACCCUUCGUUCCACGAUAAUUGCAUUGCCGGUCUUGACCUCAAUCACUUGAUGUUGCAAUUCCCUAUCAUUAUGAAGAUCCUUCAAGCAUUACCUGACAGCAUCGCAAAUCGCACCAACCCUGCCUAUGCCAUGUUCCUUGCCGAGAAAAAGGACAUGGCCUCACAGGCUGUAAGAGCUAUGUAUUCGCCAAAGCUAAGCAAUACACAGUAUCGAACAAUCUUUCAUGAAAUUCUAAACAGCAAAUUGCCUCCCGAAGAGAAGGCCAUAGCUCGUCUUGGAGAUGAGGCAAACGUAACUGUCGCUGCUGGCACACUUACCACUUCUUGGACUCUCUCGAUUGCACUUUACUACCUCCUCACCAUGCCGGAAGUUCUCCAGAAGCUCAAAACAGAGCUUGACAAGGCAAUUCCGAAUAUCUCUUCUCCACCCUCCCUAGCACUCCUCGAGAGCCUCCCUUAUCUAGGAGCCUGCAUCCAAGAGUCCAUCCGCCUCGGCUACGGCGCCUCCGGCCGCUUGUCAGUCAUCGCGCAAGACGAGGCCAUCGCUCUCAAGUCUUCUACCCACGGUUCCGAAUACUCCAUCCCGCCCGGAACGCCCAUCAGCAUGACAGUCAUGCAUCUCCACCACGACGAGCGCGUCUUCCCCUCCUCUAGGGCCUUCCGCCCCGAACGCUGGCUCGAGAACCCCCGUCUCGAUAAGUAUCUCUAUUCCUUCGGCAAGGGAACCAGGCAGUGCGUGGGGAUCAACCUGGCGUAUGCGGAGCUGACGUUAACUCUGGCGAGGAUUUUUCGGCGCUAUGGAAGCGUGGGUGUUAGACAUGCGGGGGAUGUGGGAGUGUUGGAGCUGUGGGAGACGGAUGAGAGGGAUGUGGAGUGCGUGGCGGAUAUGUUUGUGCCGAAGGUGUGGAAGGGUAGUAAGGGUGUGAGGGUGAAGGUUGUGGAUUGAGCGAGCGGUAGCAAGCCGUAAAAAAGGGGAUCUAUUCUUGGUAUCCAUUUACUGUCCUCAUAGAUUAGACCUUAGACCUCAUUACUCUCCUCCACUGUGGCGUUCCUCCUUCAUUUCCUUGUUCCAAAGUGCCAUUCAAUUAAAGAGCUGGACCUUUGGCGGGAUGCUACCUGCAAAAAACCCUUGCUUGUCCCCUCGGAGCGAUUCAGCCCACCCCUCGCCCCUUUUCCCCCUUGCUUAAACUCUCCAACACACCGACAUUGGAACUGAGAAAAUGUUAGAGAGGAGCCAAUCCAUAGCUCUCGUGAGCCGUGAGUCGUGAGUUAUGAGCCAUGAGCCGUGAAUCAUUAUGAUG